AUGGCUGCAACGAAACCUUUUCAGACACUGUCUGUAGGGUAUGGCUUCCAGCCCAGAGUCCUUGUUUCCCGUAGUCUAGUAAGGCGUGGGUUUUCUACCUCUUUCCUCAGGUACACGACUCCUGACAAUCCCCUUUCCCCGGGGGUAAAUGAUGAAGUUGCGCGUCUUGCGGCUAGUCGACGUCGCCCUUUGACACUCGCGGAUUUGCUCAAGCACGGUCAUCCGCCAUUGUCGAAAGAUGCGCUCCUUGCCUCCGCCAACUUUACCCUUUCUUUGCUCCCCGCACGACUGGCAUCCCGCAUCGAAGCUCUUCGGAAUCUCCCAUUUAUUGUCGUCGCGAAUCCACAUGUCUCCAAAAUCUAUAAUAAUUAUGUUCAUUCAUUGUCGACCCUUCUCCCAUACCAAAAGCGGCAGGUCACUACCUUGGAGGAGGAAAAUCAUUUCGCCGAGGUCCUCGCAGACCUCGUCCACACGCAUGCGAAUACAAUUCCAGUUCUUGCCCGUGGUUUUCUUGAGUGCCGAAGAUACAUCGAUACGGCCGAGGUGACGCGUUUUCUAGAUACGCAUCUGCGAGCACGAAUUGGUACACGGUUGAUAGCAGAGCAACAUCUAGCGCUUCAUUUCGCUUCUCAACCCGUUUGUGAAAGUGCAGCAGACGCGCCCAAGUCACAAAAGCGUGUCUCCCCCUCUAAUUAUAUCGGAGUGAUUGAUACUGCAUUGCAACCUGCGCGUAUUGUGAGGCUCUGUGAGGAGUUUGUGGGGGAGAUAUGUGAGCUGAAAUAUGGUGUACGUCCACGAUUAGAAAUCGAUGGACAACCAGAUGCCUCCUUCGCGCAAGUUCCUGUACAUGUGGAAUAUAUUAUUACGGAACUGCUAAAGAAUGCCUUCCGGGCUACUGUCGAAAGCGGCAACGAACGCGAACCCAUUGAGGUGACGAUUGCUGCGGCACCGGAUGUUCCUGGUAGGAAUUCACAUGAGUCAAUUGCCAAAGCAAAAGUAGCCCAGGGUAUCCAGUCGGACAGUGAUGUUGGGUUUGAGGUCGAUACGGUGGUUGGGACCGCAGAUGCCAAUGAAUCCAUCAAAUACUCGACUCCGUCAUCACAGAGCAUCACAAUUCGUAUUCGGGAUAGAGGUGGUGGGAUAUCUCCGGAGGUCUUGCCUAAUAUCUGGUCAUAUAGCUUCACCACCUUUUCCGACCUUGGGAUGGAGGAAAACGGCAACAUUGAUGCCCUCAAUACCAUGUCAUCCAACAGUGGCCAAUUGAGUAGCAUUGCAGGGCUUGGGUACGGUCUCCCACUGAGCCGGGCUUAUGCGGAAUAUUUUGGGGGCAGUAUUGCCGUGCAGAGUCUUUGGGGCUGGGGAACUGAUGUUUAUUUGACACUGCAAGGUGUUGGAAAGGUUGGAUGA